ACGAAAAGCACCUCUGGAGUUUGAUGACCAAUCACAGCGCUUAUCAGUCUUCACCAUCAAUCUCUCUCUGCGAAGCAACUGGCGCACUCCUUCACCACAGUCUCUUGACUCUCAAGCUCGAUUGUCUUCCUGCUUUAGACAGAAACAUGGUACGGCUCACGGAGGGUGCUGCACGUGGAAGGAAAACGUCGCUAAUCGACUCUCAGCUGGACUUCUAACUCAUCAUGCCGCGUUACACCAGGGUCCUGCUUCUAGUUUUGUGUGUGAGUCUGAUCGGGGAAUGCCGGAAACACAGAAGCAGGAAAAAACGGUGGUCGGCACCGGCCGGGACUCAUAAGCCAGCAAAGGAACUUGCUGGAACACCUGACACUGUUGUUAUUGGAAGGCCAGGCUCCGAGACCAGGAUGGAGGACAGUCCUCUAUCAAAGAAAGUUGUGGAUGGAACUAAAAGCCGGAAGGUAAAGACCAGCCACCUCCUGCGCAUUGAUGAACACGAUUUCACCAUGAGGCCCGCAUUCGCAGGUCCAGCUGUCCCUGUUGGGGUGGACGUUCAGGUGGAGAGUUUGGACAGCAUAUCAGAGGUAGACAUGGACUUCACCAUGACUCUGUACCUGAGGCACUACUGGAAAGAUGAAAGGCUGGCAUUCCCAAGUGCUACAAACAAAAGCAUGACCUUUGAUGGUCGCCUGGUGAAGAAAAUAUGGGUACCUGAUGUGUUCUUUGUCCAUUCCAAGAGGUCCUUCAUCCACGACACCACUACUGACAACAUCAUGUUAAGGGUCUUCCCAGAUGGUCAUGUUCUGUACAGUCUGAGAGUAACAGUUACUGCAGCUUGCAACAUGGAUUUUAGUCGUUUCCCUCUGGACUCACAGACAUGUACACUGGAGCUGGAGAGUUAUGCUUACACAGAUGAGGACCUGAUGCUUUAUUGGAAAAGUGGCGAUGAGUCCCUGAGCACAGAUGACAGGAUUUCUCUGUCUCAGUUCCUGAUUCAGAAGUUUCACACUACCUCCAGGCUGGCUUUCUACAGCAGCACAGGUUGGUACAACCGUCUGUACAUCAACUUCACGCUGCGGCGUCACAUCUUCUUUUUUCUACUGCAGACCUACUUCCCUGCUACUCUAAUGGUGAUGCUGUCCUGGGUGUCCUUCUGGAUUGACCGCAGGGCUGUCCCUGCCAGAGUCUCAUUAGGUAUAACUACGGUGCUCACCAUGUCCACCAUCAUUACUGGAGUGAAUGCUUCCAUGCCCAGGGUCUCCUACAUCAAAGCUGUGGACAUUUACCUCUGGGUCAGUUUUGUCUUCGUCUUCCUGUCUGUGCUAGAAUACGCUGCCGUAAACUACCUGACAACUUUGAGGGAUGGGAAAGACCGCAAACUCAGAGAAAAGGUUAAGGAACAGUCCCAGACACUCCCUUGCACAUGUGGCAUGCCCCAUACCAAGACCAUGAUGCUAGAUGGGACUUACAGUGAGGAAGAUGCCAACAGUCUGGCGGGAUACACAAGAGCCUCAAUGGUUGCCGAGGACAUAUCAGAUAAACAGGAACAGAUGGUAGUGCAUCUGUCUUUGGACAAUGAGUCCACUGGCACCAAGAAGAAGGGCAUCCGUGGCUUCCGGAUCAUUCAGAACACCCACGCCAUUGACACAUACUCUCGUAUGAUUUUCCCAGGCGCAUAUAUCCUCUUCAACCUGAUCUACUGGUGUGUGUACUGUUGAGAAUUUUAGCUCAAAUUGUAGUAGUGAAAGAAAAUUACUGUGAAACCGUUCUGUUGGACGUAAGCCUGAGGUUUACCUGUUCAAGUUUGCAAGGAUGACCUAUCAAGGACAUCUGGGUGUGAAUACUACAUCUACCCAUUUCAUUGUUGGACUGGACAUUCGAUAUAGCUUAUUUUUUAAUUUUUAUUAAUUAAUCCUUUAUUUAUCCAGGUAAAAAUCUCACUGAGAUUCAAAACUCAUUUCCAAGAAAGACCUGGCAUCAUGGCAGCAAAAGACCUUCUGUUCUUGCCUCACAAGCUAAUAUGUAUCCAAGUCACGCUGAGAGAAAACUCAUGGGGCUGGUUGCACAUUCACUCUAAUACAGCGGUCCCCAACCCCCGAGCCACGGACCGGUUCCGUGAGCCGUUUGGUACCGGGCCGCAAGAGUUGAGGCUCGGGUGUGAAAAUUAUGGUUUUCAGGGAUUUUAUCGGUUUUUAUUGUUAUUUUUUAUCAUUAACUCGGUUUCCCUGGGUCUUUUCCCGUGUGUUAUGAAUAAAUCUUUUUUUUUGGUACCGGUACUGGUUUUAUUUUGUUGUAUUUAUCCGCAACACCUUAAAGGCCGGUCCGUGAAAAUAUUGUCAGACAUAAACUGGUCCGUGGCACAAAAAAGGCCGGGGACCGCUGCUCUAAUAAACAGGUUAAUCUUGAGCCUAAAAAGUUUGCUACAGCACCCCAAGGGUAACAGCGGUGAUACUUUUGGCUCUUUCACAAAGAUGUCAGUUUGCUGGAUACAUUCUUGUUUGCAUCUUGUUCUGUGUUUUGCUUUCAGCAGAAAGUUUCAUCUACAAUCUCUCACCACUGAAUUUUGUCCUUGUUGGUCUUUCAGUAAUAUACAGUUUCAGCUUAAUAAAUAGAAUUUAGCUCAGUUUACAAGUUUACAAAUAAUCUAAGUGGUUUAUUCCACCUCAAAUGUUCAUUUGGACUUUUUAAAACAGAUCGUUUUCACAGUAGAUAUUUUGGCUUGUCAUAGAUCAAGUACAGGUGUAACACAUACUAUGAAAAACAAUUUUCAUUCCAUUUAGGUGAGCAAAUUUCAGACCUCUGCCAUUCAUGCUGGCUCACAUAUAAACCUUUACUCAACUACCUGAUGGAACUGCACCAUCUGCAGUUAAGGUUCUUUCACUUGUGAUUAUCGGAUAUGUCAGAUUGUCUGACAUGAGUGAAGUUUGAUGGACUGAUAUUCUAUUCAGUUUUAUUUUGUUCAUUCAGUCUAACAUGUGUAUCUUAGUUGUUUUCUAUUAGUAGCAACGGCCUAUCCCUUUGUUUCCAAGUCAACAUGAUAACUGGGGUAACUCUUGCUAAGAACUCUUGCAAUAUACUUUGUGGUUAAUAAUAUGGUUGUUUUCUGUUUCUAUUAAAUUUAAUUCUAUUGUAUUUAUAUAAUCCCAAAUUACAAAAAUAGUUGCCCCAAGGCAUGUUAUGUUGUAGGGUAUAGACCCUGCAAAAAUCUGUUUUCUAUUUUUUUCAAUUUGUCAAGGUUUUUCACAUUAUUUUUCACAGAUUGAUCUGUAAAACAUAUAAAUACAUUUUCUGCAAUGGUUUAGUAUUACUGACUAGUGAAUCAGUGAGCAGCUAGGUCCCAAUAUUUAAAUAUCAUUUGUGGACAGAAACAGGCAUUCAUUUUCUUGUGAUUUGUUGGAGUUGCUCUUCAUUUAGAUGGAAGUUUAACCUGCAGAUUUUGCACAACAAAAGUACUUUUGGACAGUUAAAUCUAGCCUGUCUCUAUGCAACCAGCCCCUGUCCAGGCUUCCUGGAAUAACACACUUCAACCUGAACCUCUCAAUCGUCAUGACUAAAAAGAUUAAGAGAAUAUAAUUUGGCUGCUAUUGCCUCUGUAGUCAUUGGAUUUGACUGAGUCAUGUAUCUGAAUUUGUCCAAAGCAGUUGGAUACUGAAGCACUAAGUGAACUUAAUGCCACCCUUCCUUUAACAGCACACUGACUUCAGCGAUAGCGGUAGCUGGCCUAUGUUCCCCAUCGACUACUGUUGACAUUUCUAUAGUAAAACAAUCCAUUAAAUGACAAGAUGUUGCAACUG